AUGGCUGCACGUUUUUCUCCACCGGAUGUCAUGGAGACUGAAGUGAAGCGACGUCUUGGGCCUCAUGUGCAGCGUCGAGGUGACGGUUUUGCGGAAGCAGAGUCCAUUGGAAUGCUGCAUCUCGUGCGUGCUCAUUGGCGUGAAGGAUGGGACGUCAUUGCACAGCUACACAACCAGCAAUUCUCUAAACACAAUCGCUCUGCCGAUUCACUCAAGAAAAAGUUUUCACGCUUGUAUCGAUCCAAUGUCCCAGUGCGUGGCGCCAAGAAUCAUCAAGCUAUUACUUUUGCUCACGUGGUGCAUAAGGAGAUGGUCGAAGGGGUCCCGUCUGCCCCGCCAAGUAUCGAUGGGGACGAGCAAACGGAGCAGAACGAUUUAUCGUUUCAGACGCCACAAGGUGAUGAACGAGAACAAGAUGUUGGAGCUACCGAGUCAGAGCAUAGUUGGGUGGAAACACCGUCGGAGGUGCUUUCGUCUACUACAGCGACUGGUCUCGUCACGACUCCAGUUGCUGAUUCGGUUGCCGUGCCGUCGGCUGCUACUGUGCCGCGUCCACGUCCGCGUAUGCGGCCACCACGUCCGACGCCUGAGUGGCAUAACCCAGCAGCUAUUUUUCCACCGGAGGCGACUCCAUUGCCAAGCGACGACUUGCUCACUUCAGUACUUAAAGUCGUUCUCCGUUCACAGUACCAACGUGACUUGGAUAGAGAAGAAGAGCGUAUCCGUCGGGAAGAAGAACGUCAACGUCGUAGAGAAGAGGAUGAACAGCGGAGACAGGAAGAAGAACAUCGACGUAAUGAAGAACGUGAAGAGAAAAAAGACACUGCCGAAGAGCGUGACUCCGAAAGUUAA